CGGAUGUUGACGACGCACGACAACCCCAGGAACACUCUGGUCAGUUUCGCGGACCGGCCGGGCCAGAUGCUGAGAGUCAGUUCCUGUGGGAGCGUGUCGAAGACAUGCGAAAGGUUUCUGCAUCUAAUUCGUCGCAAUAGAUGCAGUCCAGCCUUGCCAUGGACGCAAUAUUUUUAUGGUGUCACUCUCGCCACGUCAUCCCAUUUCGACCUCGAGCGAUGUGUUGGUGCGCCGGUCUGCCCGGUCUGCCGGCCAACGAGUGGCAAAAUUCGGUAAGCUUGCUUGCAACCGGCGUGAGACUGUUUCGCAAAACACGAGGACGCUCGCGUUUCGAGGCGAUGGGUCCCGAGAAGAGGCCCGAGUCCAAUUUCCGAAGCGCAUGCCCCAGAAAAGUUUGCCGAUUUGCCACAUUGACUCCGCCCUCGAGCGCUGCGCUGACGAGACGACCUCGAUGUUUAUCGCUCGGCGCAAGAGACGACGUGAGGGGCAAAUUCGUGUGCAUUUUCCUGGCUCUCGGCGACAGUCUGACGCACCUGAUUUGGUGGGACUUUGGGUCCCUCAAUAUCUUGGUCACUGAUUCACAGGCGACUGCGACGCAUCAACUUGCCAGGCAUGGCACAGGCAGAGCAUGUCGCUCGAAAUGCUUCGAGUCAUAAAGCAAGCUUUUUGGCGCUCGUCGGGACGCCAAUCGUCGUCUACUUUUGUCCUUCGCCUUUGUGCUAGAGGCUCAUCGUCGCUUUUCCCUCGCAGCUACACCAUCAUUCCCGGUUACAUUUCAUCCACACGACAGCGU